AUUCGAUUAGCCUCUAUCUGACCAGUCAACAUGGGACUGCUGUUCGCGAAACUGUGGAGCUUCUUCGGCAACGAAGAGCAUAAAAUAGUUAUGGUUGGUUUGGAUAAUGCCGGAAAGACAACAAUAUUAUAUCAAUUCUUGAUGAACGAAGUUGUCCACACGUCUCCGACUAUCGGAUCCAACGUAGAGGAAGUUGUGUGGAAGAAUAUUCAUUUUAUCAUGUGGGAUUUGGGUGGUCAGCAAAGUUUGAGAGCUGCCUGGUCUACUUACUACACGAAUACCGAAUUUAUCAUUAUGGUCAUAGAUAGCACUGACCGAGAGAGACUCGGUAUGAUUAGGGAAGAGCUCUAUUCGAUGCUAAACCAUGAAGAAUUGAGUAAAGCCAACGUUCUGGUCUAUGCCAACAAACAAGACUUAAAGGGCAGCAUGACUGCAGCUGAGAUUUCAAGACAAUUGGAUCUGACAUCUAUCAAAAAACACCAGUGGCAUAUACAGAGCUGUUGCGCCCUUACUGGAGAAGGAUUGUACCAGGGACUGGAAUGGAUCGUCGGACGUUUAAAAAAGACAUGACGUACAUUAUGAGAGUCAUUUAUAAGUCUAAUGAAAUAUCCAAAAUGUAAAAUAUGUUUUUGAGCUAAGUUAGUUCUGGUUACACACUUUGACAGUUAUACGAAAGAAGAAAACAGCAUGGGCUGUCGCAUUUCGUUCAUUGAUUUCAAUCUCCUGGUAUGAUCCUCAAAGUGCAUCCGAUUUUAUUGCCGCAGCCAUUUAAAGAACGGUGGACGGGUCUGUUCUACAAUUAUUAAUUACCCUGGCUGCUUAUGCAAUCAAAGGAAAGUUUUGAUAUUGUUUUUGUGACAUAACAAGCCUCAACUCGUUCAAUAUAGAAAUAAGAAAAGAAUGAAGACAAGUAGAAAUGUACAAAGU